AUGGUCGUCCGCAACAGCAUGCCGCCCUCGGGCUCCGAUGAGACCGACUUCGAUUUUAAGAUAUACAAGCCGAACAUUGACCCCCGCGAGCGGGAUCCAGCGGCCAGAUUCGCCCAGGACGUUAGGACAUGCUUGGACAAAUGCUCGGACCUUGCCGAGCUGGACGAAUGCUGCCUCGAUUGGGAAGGGGACACUCGCGUGGCUAAGGUUCGCGUUCGCGUGCGAGCAUCGGCAACCGCCGUUCCCGAACACAAGCAGAUCACUCGGAACAGCGCGAUCAAAGACCUGUGCCAGGGCAUGAUGUCUGUGACGGGCGGCAGGCGAGCAAGCCUGGGAGUCCUAACCGAUCUGUCCAUCUGGGGCAUCAUGCCCAUCUCCGUCGUCUUCCAGUCGUAUUGGACAGCUCACUUCUUCACCGAUAUGCUGGAAAAAGGUCCUGACGCGCUUCUGAGCCUCGCUCAAGAGCUCAUGGUUUUUGCCGUCGCGAUACUUACCGGCGCCUACGGGACGUUCCACUUCAUGAAAGGCCUCCUCGGCCACAGCAUCGACCCCAGUUUCAACCUGCAGGUCUUCCUCCAGCAAGCCAUGCCCUAUGUAUCCAUGAAGAGGAACUCAGCGCCCUCUGCCCGGAGGAAAGCCCCGUACUCGGCCGAGAUGCUCGGCGACGCAAGUAAAACCUUCGAAGACGCCCUUAUCAUCUUCAAACGCCGCUGCGACAGUGUCCUUGAUCGACUUAGCACCAUCGACGCUAACACCGCCCCGGCGCUUCUCCGCGACAAACAGUGGAUGCAUGAUGCAUGCGCUGACCUGUGCAAAAUGUCCGAGUGUGCCUUUGUGCUUAUGGCCAAGAAGAAAGACCUUCUUGGCGCGUUAGUCGCCGCUGCGAAGCACGAGCGCGAUCAGGCGGCCGGAGCAGCAGGCGUAUCUGUGGCAGUUACUACCGUGGUCAUUGACAGUAUGACCGCAACCGGCACCGCUGCCACGACCGGUACAGCUGCCGCAACUGGUACGGCCACAGCCGGUGCUGCUACGGCCGCGACCGGUGCCGCCUCGGCCGGGACUGCUGCGGCUGGCAUCGCAAUGCUCGGCCCGCUCGUGCUCUGUGGGAUUGCCGUCGCCGGGGCUUGUGCGGCAUGGCGUCACUUGAACGAAAAAUGGAAACACGAAGAGGAGAGCAAACGCAUCAGACACGUUGCCGAAACCUGCCAUUCUCUCUGGGAUAAGGCUUUCAUGAUGCGCCUGGCGCUGGAGUGGUUCCGUCUCCGGGAGGGAGAGGACGCGUCGAACCUCACCUUCACUGAUCCUCGCUUCCAGGUCAAAUGGGAAGGAUUCAUCGCCCAAUACCGGAAACAUCAUCCGAACGGCUCCGGUGGCGAGGAGUAUGUCCACGAGCUGGGAAUCUGGCUGAAAAGCGAGGUCGAUGCCAUGAGGCUGACCCGGGAACUCCUUCUAUAA